GGCCCAUGUGACACUGCAGAUUUCCUGCGUCGCUAGACCAUUCAUCCCCUUCUUGCGGCAGCUCGGCGUGUGACGGAAUCGCCAUGGAUGGGCUUCGAGGAUGCCGAAUCAGGAUUGAUUCCUAGAGUUGAUGUCGGGGAUCUCUUAGGAGGAGAUAUCGUUGUUGUGGAGUCAGUCGUUGCUUCUAUCCAUGAAGCUCGCGUGGACUGCGAAGAUUUGAUUUCCUCUGAGCACACAACUGGCUCUAUGUAUGGUGAGCAUCCUGGCGCAGGGAGGCGCCUUUUGGAUGCAAUGCUGGGGGAAGAGGAAGCUGGCUCAUACAAUGGUGCUAGCGUGGUUGUUGCCGAUUCAAACGAUAGGCCACCUGAAGAUAUUAGCGAUGCAACCGUUCAGAGAGGAUGGAGAUGCAGAGGGCGUGUUCGUCUCCAACUCAAAAGGCUCCUGCUGGACUCAAAGGAUUAGGAUUGGCAAGGCGGCAGAUGAGAGGGAAAUCAAUCCAAGCAGGGUUCCUGCACUCGAGGCUUCAAGACGUGCUUAUGCAGAUAAAAAAGCUGAUGUUGUUGUUAAUCCGGCAUUGAGGAUAAGUUUUGAUUCGGCCGAAGAUCCUGAGUUCAAAUAUAGUGUUCAAAGUCAAUGAUGAAGGUCGAGUGAUAACUCUGAUGUGGACAACAGGAUGAAGCAUUGAGUAGUUUAAGUGCUUUGGUGAUGUUGUCACCUUUGAUACCACAUACAAAACUAAUAUCUAUGACAUGCCAUUCGGGCUUUUUGUUGGUGUUAACAAUCACUUUCAGAGUAUUAUUUUUGGCGCUGUGCUGAUGAGUGACGUGAAAGUCUGCACUUUCAAGUGGAUUUUCACUGAGUUCUUUCCAAUGAUAUGUGCGCCCCAACCGUGCACAAUCCUAGUAACCUAUCAUUUGUAGAAAAUUUUAUUAACUUAUUUCUGUUGAAUAUAUCGAUUUUUCUUAUCAUAA